AGCUCAGCAGAGGCUGUUUUCCUCUUUUCUCUUCCUGCUCCAUUUCCUACGAUGGGUUUGUUGCAAAAGAUUCUCAUCCCCGUUUUAGGACUGGUUUUGGCCUUCUGUUUUUAUUCGUCGAGGGAGAAUUUCAAACCUGAGAUGCUGAAAGGGAAGCGUGUGAUCGUCACCGGAGCGAGCACCGGAAUCGGGGAGCAGAUGGCGUAUCACCUGGCACGGAUGGGAGCCCACGUCCUGGUCACGGCGCGGACGGAGGCAAAGCUGCAGCAAGUAAAUGGCAAGCUGGGCACUCACACAUGCACACACAGACACAGGGAGGCCAACCUCACACUGCAGGUGGUGGAGAGGUGCCGGGCGCUGGGGGCCAGCUCAGCACGGCUGGUCAGCGGCAGCAUGGAGGACAUGGCCACCACCCGGCAGCUGGUGGAGGUGGCCGAGGCUGAACUGGGAGGCCUCGACAUGCUGAUUCUUAACCACGUUGGCAAGUCAUACUUCAAUUACUUUGAUGGGGAUGUUGGACACGUCCAGAAGCUCCUGAACAUCAACUUCCUGAGCUAUGUGGCCAUGACAGUCUCUGCCCUGCCCAUGCUGAAGCGGAGCGGGGGUAGCAUCGUGGUGGUCUCCUCCAUGGCAGGUAAAGUUGGGUUUCCCUUUACGGUCCCUUACUCUGCAACUAAGUUUGCCCUGGAUGGAUUUUUCAGCUCCCUGAGGCAGGAAUUCAGCAUCCAGAGCGUUAACGUUUCCAUCACACUCUGCAUCCUUGGCUUCAUUGACACUGAGAACGCCAUGCGUGCGGCCGCCGACGUUCUCCUGAUGUCCCCGGCUCCCAAAGAGGAAUGCGCCCUGGAGAUCAUCAAAGGAGGAACCCUGCGUCAGCGCGAGGUCUAUUACCGCUACGCAUCCACCAAACUGCCGCUGCUGCUGCGGGAUUGGGCCGCCGAACUGCUGGACCUGCUGGUGCGGCAGCGGUACCGACCCGAGCGGCUGCGGGCGGCCUGAGGGAUGUCACCGCCGGGCCGACAGCCGCCUCUGCUGGCCGCAGCCGUGCUUGCAGCCCUCCCCCGUCAGUUAGCUUUAAUAACCGCCUCGUCCCCGAGAGGAGCCGGCUGGGAUCCCCGGCUGAGCUGCGGAUUCCUGCAGGUGCGCCCUUCCUGCUUGGAAGCCGUCCUGAUUGGAGCCUUUCCCCAAAGCUGGGGAAAGUAGUAACUAAGUGAUUGUUAAGUGCAGCUUACUAACCUUGUUGUGUGCUCUGUGGAUUUUUGUUGUUGUUUUGGUUUUAAUCUCUUUUUUCAUUACUAAACGCUGCUGCGAAUGGGCAUCGUUCCACGGAUCCGCCUUUCUUUAAUUAUUGAAUGCUGCAAUAAACCAUUAUCUCAUUGGAA